AAUUUGCUUAGUUUGCUAGGGGUGGGGCUAUUGUUUAUCAGGCCUGGUGUCGAGUCCUCCUUCAUUCCUCACCUGAUUUGUGGUGCCCUCUAUCGAUUUGAUUCUACAAUGGAAACCAUAGAAUUGAAGCUAGAUACUGGAACAAUUUCUCUUACUGUUGAACCCAAUGACACUGUCUAUACCUUGAAACAAAGACUAGCAAAUGAAGAGAAAACCUCAACUCCACCAGAUCAACAAAUUCUAACCUGUAAUAGCAGUGUUAGUCUGGCCUAUAGCAGUGUAAUGGAAAAUGAACAAAUGUUAUCUGACUAUGGGGUCAAAAAAGGAAGCACAGUUUAUUUAUUGUGGCCACUUACGGUUAGAUUUAAUGGUGAGACUAGAUCUAUUAAUGUCAAGCCUUUUAAUAAGAUUGAAAGUAUUUAAAAAAAGAUACAGAAUAAUGAGGAAAUAUCAGUCGAUCAUCAAUUUUUAUCAUUUGCUGGCAAAGAAUUGGAAAACGACAAAACUCUGGCAGAUUAUAACAUCAAACGGAAUGAUACUAUUGACUUACAAUGUAUUACACACAUCGUUAUUAAAAUGUCCGCUGGAAAAACCAACAGACUUGACGUCAAACCUUACAAUACUGUGAAAGAAAUAAAGCAAAUAAUGGAAGAAAAAGAGGGUAUACCACUUACGCAGCAGAAACUCUAUUAUAUGGGUUGUGAAUUAAAGAAUGACCAGUCUGUCUCAGAGUGUGAAUUUAACGAUUACACAUAUAGUGAAGUGCAUCUUGUUUGUCGUUCUCAAUCUCCUAUACAGAUCAAAGUUUUAACUCCUGAUAGUAAACAAAUUACUCUUACAGUUGAUGGUACAGAUACUAUUGAAACUAUUAAAAGAAAAAUGAAAGAGUUUCCUCCUAGCCAGCAUGCAUUGGUUUUUGCUGGAAAAGAACUACAGGACAAUCUAACACUUUAUGAUCAGUCUAUUCAAAAUGGUAGCAUGUUACACUUAAAAUACAAGGAACCAGCACUGUCAUCAACUUUGUCAGAAAGAUUUUUAGAACCUUUCAGCAAAUACCAACUGCUCACAUUUUAUGUAGAUUUUCCAUCUACUAGAGUGUGGAAUGUACAUUUUGUUGUAAUUGACAGUUGUAUUGCUACUAGGGAGAAAGUCUUUGCUGAAAUGAAAUUGUAUAAAAAAGGAGAAUCUGAGGUCUUUUUUUCAUUUAAAAAUUCAGCCAUUUCAUUUGACUGCCUCGAAGAGGAAGUAUUACCAGUAAAUGGAUGGAGAAUUUUGCCACUUCAGUCUCCUCUAAAAAUCUAUAAAAAGGAUGUUGAUUACUACUGUUCCAAUCAGGGGAUUCUUCCUAAAGUCACUAUUCGAGUUGAAGCUCUUUCAGCGGAUUCUUUAAGUUUACAAAGAAUGUACCAAUCUCUGGAGCAAAUUAUCUUACUCAUUCCAUUACAUUAUCCUUACUAUAUAUUAAGAAUGUAACAUCACCAGUAAUUUGUGAUUCGAUUCCAAGUAUCAACAAUGAUGGUACUAUAGCUUCUAGUGGCCCCUCAUUGCCUGACCUGUUGAAUGAUAUUGCUGCAAAAGCUCCAAACCAGUGGAUGAAAAUUGGUUUAAUGCUAGGAAUAAGUUUUUUAGAUUUGAUGUCAAUUAAAGAGAAGAAUGAAGAUGACAAGAUCUGUUAUGCUAAUAUAUUCCAUAUUUGGAAGACUGCUGAUACUCGCCCGUACAGUUGGGAAACUAUGGUUGUUGUCUUGAAAUCAGAUGUAAUUAACGAUUCCCAGUUAGCUAAUGCUAUUUGUAAGAAAUAUUUAUCUAAUUAAGCCAAUUAUGCGGCUACUACUGUAAAGUAAAUUUGAAUGUAUUUCUAUAAUAUUAAUUGCUUUUAAUAUUAAUAAUAAUUUUUAUCUUGCCACAUUAUAUGCACGUAUGAAUGAUGAUGUAAUGUUCUAAGGACAAUCUCUAUUCCCUAUAAUAAUGUACAUGUAUCUUUAACCAGUAUUUUCCUUCAUUCCUAUUACAAACAA